CUCAAGUCACAGAAGAACACGCUCGCUGUCUGGACUAGCAAUGGGACAGGAGAGGGUUAGAGGGUGAUCUGCACCUGUCCCCACACACACACACACACACGCUUAAGGGAGAGACCAGGAGGCUCUAUGUGUGGUUGGAAUCAAAGUCUGUCGGCUGCCUCUCAGCAUAGCUCUGUCAUGUUGACCACCGAAGGAGCGCCCCCUGCUGUCGAGCGGCUGGAGCCGAAGGCGUGCGUGGAAGACGCAGACAUGUCCAAGUGGACGGAGUUGGAGUUCAAGGAGAACUGCACGUACAUCGUGAAGGACCACACGUGGGACGGGCCGCUGGACCCACUGCCGCUGUCCCGCGCUCAGGCUUCCCUGCCCAGGAACCUGGCCUUCAGACACAGCCCGGAAUCCAAAGAGGUGAUCAGCGUGGUGAGCAGAGAGUACAUCCCCAAGGGCACUCGCUUUGGCCCUCUAGUGGGAGAGAGCUACACGACCGAGACCGUGCCCAAAGACGCCAACAGGAAGUACUUCUGGAGGAUCUACGCUGAGGGUGAGCUCCACCACUUCGUGGACGGCCUGGACGAGGAGAAGAGCAACUGGAUGCGCUACGUGAACCCGGCGCGCUCUCAGGACGAGCAGAACCUUGCCGCCUGCCAGAACGGCAUGAGCAUCUACUUUUACACGGUGAAGUCCAUCCCCGCCGACCAGGAGCUGCUGGUGUGGUACUGCCCCGACUUCGCUCGCCGCCUGCACUACCCACCCUCUGGAGACCUCAUGAUGCAAAAACUCAAGCAGAGCCUGAUGGAGGUGAAGCAGCAGGGGUCAGAGGAGAAGCCCGCCGUGAAACGGGAGCACACCGUCUCAGAGAUCCUGAAGGACACGUGGCGGGAGCCCGCCAGACCCCUACCCACACGGCCCCACUGCUCCGUCAGCCCCGACCGGCUCGUCUACCCCCGCGUUGUGUACCCGGUCCGGCCACAGCCGCACGCCCCGCUACGAGAGGACUUCCUGAAGCCCGGUGCGGGCGUCUGCUUCGCUACCUGCUCGCCUGGGCAGCUGUCGGCUACGUCCAGCCCGGAUACGAGCCCCGGGAGCAGUCCUGCCCCCGGAGACCCCCGGGACGCCCUGCCUGCCCUGCCCUCAGCCCUUUACAGCAGCAGUCUGAAUCACUACCCCAGCUACCCUCCACAAGUGCCCCUCUCCCCCUUCUACCCCAGCCCACAUUACCUUCUGACCCCAUACUCCAUGACGGGGGCACCGCCAGUCUUCUCCCGCAUGUACCCCCUCUGUAACAGUCUGGUGCCCACCCAUGUGCCGCUGCAGUCCGCUAUGCUCCCCCCCGAGGGGGGCCGGCACUUCCUGCUGCCGCCCCACAGGGACUUCCUGCUCCCGCCCCCAAGCAGUGCCUUCUCCAGAGCCACGACCCCGAAGGACAGGCCCACGCAUGGGAACCCUCACGCCCCUGCCAGCGGCUCCCCCACGGCCGGCUCGGCUGCUACCGCCGACCGGCAGCCGGCCGACCCCACCUCGGCCCGGGCCGGGGGCGCCCGCUCCUCCGAGGACGAGGCCAUCAACCUGAGCAAGAUGAAGCGCGGCCCGGCGGGCUACAAGACGCUGGGAUACCCGCUGAAGAAGCAGAAUGGCAAGAUCAAGUACGAGUGCAACGUGUGCAGCAAGACCUUUGGGCAGCUCUCCAACCUUAAGGUGCACCUGCGCGUCCACAGUGGCGAGAGGCCUUUUAAAUGUCAGACCUGCAACAAGGGUUUCACCCAGCUGGCGCACCUGCAGAAGCACUACUUGGUCCACACGGGAGAGAAGCCCCACGAGUGCCAGGUCUGCCACAAACGUUUCAGCAGCACCAGCAACCUGAAGACGCACCUGCGUCUGCACUCGGGUGAGAAGCCCUACCAGUGCAAGCUGUGCCCGGCCAAGUUUACGCAGUUUGUGCACCUGAAGCUGCACAAGCGCCUGCACACGCGCGAGCGCCCGCACGGCUGCCCACACUGCCACCGCAGCUACGUCCACGUCUGCAGCCUCCGCCUGCACCUCAAGGGCUACUGCCCGGCCUCGGCCUCGCCCUCGGCCCGCCGCGCCCGCGAUGAGAUGGAGCGCGUCAACGAGGAGAUCGAGCGCUUCGACGUCAGCGACCACGCCGACCGUCUGGAGGAGGUGGACGGCGUGGACGUGGAGAGGCUGGUGGAAAAGCAGAUACUCGGCCUGAUCUGCCGCGACGUGGACUUCAAGGCCGUGUAUCGCAAGGGCGAGCUCCUACACCAGCCCCCCCCUGCCUACGGCCUGUACGAGCCGGCCGCCGAAACCUCCGUCAUCAAGAUGCUUCCCGCUGUCAGGGUGAAGCAAGAGACUGUGGAGGCGAUGGAACCCUAGCCUCAGCCCCUACACACACAAA